CUAAAAGUCAACAGUCGCACAAGUCAACCACUUAUCCAAUGUCUUUCGUAAAUAAACAUAUUCGUUUGAUUAUUUGGCAUUAUACGCGAAAGGGCUGCUGCAAAUUGUCAUUAAUAUGACAAUUCACAAUCUGUAUAUCUUUUCGAGAAAUGGCACCCUUUUGUAUUAUAACGAAUGGAAUAGGUUAAAUAAGUCUGGUAUGCUGAAAGAGGAGGAAGCCAAAUUAAUGUAUGGAAUGUUAUUUUCUAUCAAGUCCUUUGUUAAUAAAAUCUCACCUCUCGAUCCAAGAGAAGGAUUUUUGUAUUAUAAAACAAGCAAAUACACUCUUCAUUACUUUGAAACUCCAUCGGGAUUAAAAUUCAUAUUGAAUACGGACAACGUGGCUCAGAAUGUACGAGAACUAUUACAACGAUUAUACAGUCAAGUGUACCUUGAGUACGUUGUGAAAAAUCCGCUUUGUCAACCAAAUGAACCAAUUCAAAGUGAAUUAUUUAAAACAAAAAUUGAUGAGCUCAUAAAAAAAUCUCCUAUAUUUUUGAGUAGAUCCAUAUAGAAAUAAUAUAUAUAUUUAUAUUAGAUUAAAUAAAAUGCAUUCUUUAAAAAGACCCUGUAUAUAUAAAUAAAAACAGUUUUGUGUCUUAAAAAUGGCAUACUUAUUAAA